GAGCUUCACACACAAAUGCAUGUAUCACUCAAAGGGCUGAUAUUUUCCAUUUACUAUCCUGCUCUUGCCGCUGUUGGAAUUCCAGCAAAUUUGGCGGUGAUUGCUAUCCUCAGCCGAGGAAGAUGUGGCCUCUCCAGGUGUAUCAUAUAUUACAUGAUAUCCAUUGCGGUGAUGGACCUGUUGCUCAUGAUCAUGGCAGUGAUAUUAAACAGGAUUGCUGGCAUUUAUUUCCCAGAUAGUUUCUUGUCUAUCACACCAAUAUGUAGUCUCCGUUCUGUUGUAAACUAUGGAGUUAUAGAUUGUUCUGUGUGGCUAACGGUUGUCUUCACCUUUGAUCGAUUUGUGGCCAUUUGUUGUCAGAAGUUAAAAAUAAAAUAUUGCACAAAGAAAACGGCAAUGUUUGUCAUAGGAACUGUGUGCACACUGAGCUGUAUAAAAAACAGUUUCCUGUACAUUAUAUAUGAGCCUGUGUACAUAGUCGACAACAUUCCAUGGCUCUGUGGUAUGAAAUCAAUCUUUUAUACUUCACCAUCAUGGAUCGCGUUUGACUGGAUUCAUCACAUUUUAACCCCUUGUCUCCCAUUUAUUCUGAUCUUGCUGUUCAAUGCUCUCACUGUGAGACAUAUUCUGAUUGCCAAUAAAUCCCGUGGGAGACUGCGCAGUCAGAGAAAUGGAGAGAAUCAGAGUGACCCUGAGACAGAGAAGAGAAAGAGGUCCAUUGUUUUACUAUUUGCUAUCUCAGGUAGCUUCAUCCUUUUAUAUUCACUGCUUCUUAUAACUUUCCUCUAUGUACGGAUUGCAAGCGUUAGUUACUUCUCUGGUACAAAUUUUGAUGAAUCAAAUUUUAUUCUGGACGAAACUGGAUUCAUGCUUCAGCUUUUGAGUUCCUGUGUUAACCCUUUUAUUUAUGCAGGAACCCAGAAUAAAUUCAGGGAGGAGUUAAAGAAUGGUAUCAAAUAUCCAUUGCAUCUAAUUGUUAAGUCACUUAAACAAAGAUAA